AACCUUCACCCCCCCCCCUUUUUUUUUGGCAGAUGUCUGAAGAAAUAGAUAACAUUGCAGUAGAAGAAAAUGUAGACAAGCGUCUCCAAAAAGGUUUAGAUGCAGAAGAAGAAAGUCAAAACAUAACAGAAAUGUUGAGAAGCAAAGUAAGAGAAAAGCUAAAAAAUGCUAAGAUUAAUCAAAGUGAAAAAUCUUCAACUCACCUGCUCAUUGGUGAUGAGAUAAAUCAGUGGUCUAAGGCUGAAGUCUCGUUGGACGCAGGCCUUUCGUUUUUCACGCUGGGCAGUGAAGGCGGCUCAGCGUUGGGCCAGGCUUCAGAGCAGAGAUCGGGAAAUGAUAGUUGCCCCAAACGUUUUUCACUUGAUGAUAAUUUACAAGAUUUUGCUGAAAGCGAAGAUAAAGAUUGUGUGGAAGAAGAAAUUUUCCCAGAUUUACUUGAAGUAAACGCUGCUGAAUAUGAAGAUGACGAAGAACAAAUAAAAAAACAACAGGCAAAUAUUUUUGUGCCAAGUAGCUCUCCAGUGCUCAACCAACAUAAGCUGCCAAAAGAUAGGAUGCCACGCAUUUUAGAAGAAGAAGGAUUCUAUAUGCAAAGAAAGCCAAAAAUACCUAAAAAGACCUGCAACAAAAUGGAAAAUCGCUUGCUUCAGCUGGAAGAGGCAAGUACACCAGCUAACAAGUUAAACCCCUCACUGACAGAAUGUGGUAUUUGUUUUUGA